UUCUUAUUUACUCCCAAACGAAGAUUUUCCAAUGACAGACCAACAAAUUCCUACGGUUUAAUGAAACUAAUUUGGUGUUGUCCUCAAUUGGUCAAAAAAUCUGAAAAUCUUCGAACCACUUUGGUUCCCACUAACAAGGCUAUUCUUGCCACUUCAUAUCCCACAUUUCGUCCAUAAAUAGAGGGCUCCAUUUGUCUCCAAAUGCCAUUACAAGAACAAAAUCCAAAGCCUCUUUGUACCAACUGGUUCUCAUUUGGGUUAUCGUUCCUGUAGCUGAAGAAUUCUUCAAUGGCUGGAAAGAGCAAGGUAUUGAUCAUUGGAGGGACUGGAUACAUCGGAAAGUUCAUUGUUGAAGCCAGUGCAAAAGAAGGUCAUCCCACUUUUGCUUUAGUAAGAGAGAGUACCAUCUCUGAUCCUGUUAAGGGAAAAGUUAUUGAGAACUUCGAGAACUUAGGGGUCCAAUUGUUGUAUGGGGAUCUUUACGACCAUGAGAGUUUAGUUAAGGCAAUAAAGCAAGUUGAUGUGGUAAUAUCAGCCGUAGGUCAAAUGCAGAUAGCAGAUCAAGUUAAGAUCAUUGCUGCCAUUAAAGAAGCUGGGAAUGUGAAGAGAUUUUUCCCAUCGGAAUUUGGAACUGAUCCAGACCUGAAUACUGCUGUUGAGCCAGCGAAAUCAGCAUUUGCAAUCAAGGCUCAAAUCCGUCGUACUAUUGAGGCUGAAGGCAUCCCUUACACUUAUGUGCCCGCUAACUGCUUUGCAGGCUAUUUUCUCCCAAAUUUGUUACAGCCAGGAGCCACCGCUCCCCCAAGAGACAAGGUCGUUAUCGUAGGCAAUGGAAAUCCUAGAGCUGUUUUCAACUCUGAAGGUGACAUCGGCACCUACACCAUCAAAGCUGUUGAUGACCCCAGAACAUUGAACAAGAGCCUAUUCAUCAGGCCUCCUAAAAACACCUACUCAUUUAACGAGAUUGUUGCCCUGUGGGAGAAAUUGAUUGGCAAAACACUUGAGAAAACAUAUGUCCCAGAGGACCAACUUCUCAAACAGAUCCAAGAGUCUCCAAUUCCAAUGAAUAUUGUUUUGGCGAUCAGUCACUCAAUCUUUGUGAAUGGAGAUAACACCAACUUUGAGAUCGAACCAUCAUUUGGAUUCGAGGCUUCUGAGCUAUACCCUGAAGUGAAAUAUACCACCGUGGAAGAAUACCUCAGUCGUUUUGUUUGAGAAAGAAAUUGAACAAGCCCUUUGUUAUUAAACAAAUGCUAGUAAUAAUUGAGAGGCCUUCACUGAGGGAUUUGUGCAGAGGGCUUGAGGAGUGUGUAUGUGUGUAUGUUCGUUAGUUUCUUAUUGCUGUCAUUCAACAUAAUGUGAACCAUGCCGUUCUAUCUAAAUUAUAUUAUAUUAAGAGCAGCACUUUUCUUACUUAUAUAAUUUUUCAUAUUAGCAUUGAAUUUGAACAGAAAAAUCCGAG